UCUUGAUCAUUACCCAAAAGCCAACAACUAAGGAAGGAAGGAACAGGACUUCAGUGAUUUAUCACCAAUAAAGUAAUCCUGAUUAAUUGUUACAGAAACUUAUUAUUGAGAAAGGUGAUUUUUAACCUUUGUCUUUUCUUGUUUCCAAUUGGAAUACUGGCUGGUACUAGACUAAGUUUGAUAGUCUGUAUUCGAUGUGGCAUAACUUAUUCUGAACUAUUACACUGAAUGUAUUCACAUUUUCAAUGGAUAUGGAAGAGUUAUGCCAGUAGAAAUAAAGGGUCAAGGGAAUCAUCAGUUAAAUUUCUUAGUAUAUGGGGCUAGAAAGAUAGUACAUUGGGUAGGGCAUUUGCCUUGCAUCAGAUUUGUUUCCCCAAGCACCGCCAGCAGUAAUUCCUGUUGAGUACAGAGCCAGGAGUAAGCUCUGAACACAGUUGGGUAUGGCCCCCAAACCAAAAAUAAAUAAAUAAAUUUCUUAGUAUAAAGAGCAUGACUCUAGAAAUCUAUUUGUAGGGAGAAAAUGAAUUUGACUUAACUGUUGCCAAAGCAGCUCAGUCUAAGUCAACUAUACUGGUAAUGGCAUUGAAACAAAAAUAUGGUGACUAAUAUUCAUCUAUUUAAAUCACCAUAUCCCUAGUAUGUGUAGAAUAAUGGCUAAUUAUAAACAGGGGGAAAAUAUAUGAAAAGUUUUGAUGCCUAUAUGGCAAAAAGAAAAUGUUAUAACAAAAAGUUUGUCUUGUUGAUAUAUGAAAGUGACACCAUUUAUUUAUUUUUCUGAUUUUAAAGGUUAUUAUUCCUUUAUAACAUUAUUCCCUGUAAAUCCACAGCUGCCUUUAAGAUCCCAAUUAUGUGCUAACAGCCAGAGUAUUUGACUAUGGGCGAGGAGUGUGCUGCAGGGACCACCAGCAGCCCCUCGUUCUGUGCACCUUAAUGGGAGGGAGAAUCAGCGAGUGGCCUCAUGGCUCAACGGACCUCAGAAUCCUUCAAUCAGAGUGUCAGGUCAUCCCUGCGCCCACCUGCAGUGACUAACCCCUUUGUGCAGCAGACGAACCUGAGCAUGUGGCACUGGGUCUCCCUCAUUCUUGGGGGGACCUUUCUGGUGCCACUGCGUAUAUCUUUCAUCAGCAUCAUCAUUGUUGUCUUCAUAUGGCCACUGCUGGCCUUUUCCACAGUGGGACUCUCCAUUCAUAACAUCAAGCCCACCAAGAGCUGGCGAGUGAAGAUGAUCCAGCCAGCAUUAUGGUUCUUCAUCCACCUGACCAUGCUUCUGGCAGGACUCCUCGUGAAAGUCAAAGGGGUAAAGGCCACCUCGGACGAGGCCCGCAUCUUCGUGACAGCACCCCAUUCCUCUUUCUUUGAUGCCAUUGCCUGUGUGAAGGCUGGGAUGCCCUCGGUGGUUACAGCCAGCCAGAACAUGCGCAUCCCCGUGGUGGGGAAGAUUCUGCUGUCUUUACAACCCCUGCUUGUGACUCGAGAUGACCCCAGUUCCAGAAAGCAUACCCAUGAUGAAAUCCUAAAGCGAGUGGCCCCUGACAGCAAGUGGCCACAGAUACUGAUUUUCCCAGAAGGAGUGUGUACCAACCGCUCCUGCCUGGUCACCUUUAAGCUUGGGGCCUUCUCCCCAGGAGUCCCUGUGCAGCCAGUGCUGCUCAGAUACCCCAACUCCCUAGACACUGUAACUUGGACCUGGCAAGGGUUCAGUGGGUUUCAAGCCUGUAUAUUGACCCUGAGUCGCCCCCUCACAAGGAUAGAGGUGGAAUUUAUGCCUAUUUAUGUACCUAAUGACCAAGAAAAAGAAGACCCCAUCCUCUUUGCCAAUUCGGUGAGGAUCACUAUGGCAGAUGCUCUAGGACUGCCAGUGACAGAACACACUUACGAAGACUGCAAACUGAUGAUUUCUGCUGGACACCUCCAACUCCCCAUGGAAGCUGGCUUAGUGGAAUUUACCAAAAUUAGCCAUAAAUUGAAACUAGAUUGGGAAAAAAUUCACAAGCAUUUGGAUGAAUAUGCUGCCAUUGCAGUGGCCUCAAAUGGAGGGAAGAUUCAACUUGAAGAGUUUGCAAACCACUUGAAACUCCCCAUUUCAGAACCCUUGGCACAACUUUUUGCCCUGUUUGAUAGGAAUAAUGAUGGUUACAUAGACUUCAGAGAGUAUGUGAUUGGUCUGACUGUCCUCUGCAAUCCUUCCAACAUUGAAAGGAUUCUGAAAAUGGCAUUUUUCCUUUUUGAUCUUGAUAAGGAUGGCUUCAUAACAGAACAGGAGUUAGCGGUUAUACUUCAGGCAGCUUUAGGAGUGCCAGAUCUUGAUGUUUCCAAACUCUUUAAGGAAAUGGCUGGGCAGAACUCACAGUACUUAUCAUACAACACAUUUACAAAAUUUAUCCGGAAGCACCCAGCAUAUAUUAAGUUAUUUAGUUUAUACUUAGACCUCCAGGCAGCAUGUGUAUAAUCUUUACCACAAUAAAGAAUAAUCACUGUAUUAAAAUUAAAGUCAGUCCUAGGAAUGAUGAAGGCAUCUUUCAAGUAGAAAUCUUUUGAGGGAAAGCACAUCAAUUUUCAUUCAAGUGACCUGGGAAUUUCAUUAUAAAUUAUGUUAUGUGGUUUAUUGUUGCUUUUUCUGCAUUCCUAAGAGUAAUGCAGACUGACUAAACACCAAUGAGAACUGAAGACUUCACUUGCUUUUGGUAUCUUUUUCACUAUCUAUGCACUUCCGGCACUUUUUGCUCUAACAAAGUUUCAUCUGAGAAGGUGACCUUGUUUUCCUAUCACUCAUGUCAACAUGCAGGAUGAAAUAACCAAGAAAUAAGUAAUAAGUCAGUCAUAUACCAGGACAGAAAGCAACAACCUACCUAGAUGUGGAAGUGUUUGCAAACUAAUAAAUAUGCCCUUGCUAAACCAACUACUGUUUGCCCAACUUGGAUGAAUCCCCAAGGUAUCUGCAGUCUCUUAGUUCUGAUUAAAAGGACACUUGACAAAGGGAAAAGUGCCUUGAUCACUUAUGGUCAAAAUCUCUUCCUUUUGCAAACUUUACCAAAAAAUACCAUAGUAGACACAUUUCUGUGACCCCUGCUAGAGGCUCGUAAGAGAAUAGUGAAGUGGAAGCCACUAAAUCUUAAAUUUCAUUUGUUUCUUGGCAUUUUAGAGAGUAGAAAGGAGGAAGAGUGGAUGAAAGUGAGGAGAAGCAAUAGUUUAAAUCUUCACUGUUCAGGCUUCUAUGACAAAAAUACCAGAUACUGUAUAGUUUAAACAACUGGUAUUUACUUCUUACGGUUUAGGAGGAAUGGAAGUCCAAGAUAAAUGUACUCACAGAUUUAGAUACUAAUCUUCAAAGAUGCUACAUCUUGCUAAGUCCUCCUGUAGUGCAAGGUGGGAAGGUGUAUGUCUCUCUUUGGAGUAUCUGCUUUUUAAUAAUUUAGGUAUCAUGACUUACAAUGAUACUAAUAUAUAUGAAUAUUUUAGACUUUAGUGUGACACCACAAUAGCACCAACUGGAUCUCUUCUUGUGCUCCUUUCUCCCCUCCCUAUAUCCCCACCUCUUGUUGGCAGUAUCAGUUCUGUUGGUGUAUCUCAGGGCCUGUUUUCAUUGACCAUAAUAUAUUCCCUUGAUUUCUUUAUAGUCCAAAUAAGAAUUACUUCAUUAUUUAUACUUCUACUUCUGACUCAUUUUGCUAAGCAUGACACCCUUCAGUUUCGUCCACAUUGUAGUGAACCAAAGAUUUCACAUGUUCUUAUAUCUGAGUAGUAUUCUAUUGUAUAUAUGUACUAUAAUUUAUCAACUCAUCUAUUGUUGGUCAUUUGGGUUGUUCCAAGACCUUGGCUAUUCUAAUUAGUGCUACAAUAAAAAUGAGUGUGCAGAUAUUA